AUGGGUGACGUGCUCGUUGAAAACCCGGCCAACCAUGUCCUGCCCCAGAAGAAGACGGCACCCUCAACGAUACCGAGCAUCGAGAACUUCGAGGGAUUGCCCACCGACGGAGGAGAUGACUAUUCCACAUUGAAGAAGCUCCAGAGGCAACUAGAAUACAUCCAGCUGCAGGAAGAGUACAUCAAGGAUGAGCAGAGGAGCUUGAAGCGAGAGCUGGUGAGAGCGCAAGAGGAGAUCAAGCGCAUCCAGAGCGUGCCUCUGGUGAUUGGGCAGUUCAUGGAGGCUAUUGACCAAAACACCGGCAUCGUCCAGUCAUCUACGGGAUCCAACUACGUCGUCCGCAUCCUCUCCACCCUCGACCGCGAGCAGCUCAAGCCGUCCUCCUCAGUCGCCCUCCACCGCCACUCCAAUGCCCUCGUCGACAUCCUCCCCCCCGAGGCCGACUCCUCCAUCGCCAUGCUCGGCGUCGAUGAGAAGCCCGACGUCACGUACGCUGACGUCGGUGGCCUCGACAUGCAGAAGCAGGAGAUCCGGGAGGCCGUCGAGCUGCCCCUGACCCACUUCGAUCUCUACAAGCAGAUCGGCAUCGACCCUCCGCGCGGUGUCCUCCUCUACGGGCCCCCCGGCACGGGCAAGACCAUGCUGGUCAAGGCCGUCGCCAACAGCACCACGGCCAACUUCAUCCGCGUCGUCGGCUCCGAGUUUGUGCAAAAGUACCUCGGCGAGGGCCCCCGCAUGGUCCGCGACGUGUUCCGCAUGGCGCGCGAGAACGCGCCGGCCAUCAUCUUCAUCGACGAGAUCGACGCCAUCGCCACGAAGCGGUUCGACGCCCAGACGGGCGCCGACCGCGAGGUGCAGCGCAUCCUGCUCGAGCUGCUCAACCAGAUGGACGGCUUCGACCAGACGGCCAACGUCAAGGUCAUCAUGGCCACCAACCGCGCCGACACGCUCGACCCGGCCCUGCUGCGGCCCGGCCGCCUCGACCGCAAGAUCGAGUUCCCCAGCCUGCGCGACCGCCGCGAGCGCCGCCUCAUCUUCAGCACCAUCGCCGGCAAGAUGAGCCUCGCGCCCGAGGUCGACCUCGACAGCCUCAUCGUCCGCAACGACCCGCUGUCGGGCGCCGUCAUCGCCGCCAUCAUGCAGGAGGCCGGCCUGCGCGCCGUCCGCAAGAACAGGUACAACAUCAUCCAGAGCGAUCUGGAGGAUGCCUACUCGAGCCAGGUCAAGGGCACGAGCGACGAGAACAAGUUUGACUUUUACAAAUAG